UCUAUGAUCCCACCAAUCAAUUGGAAGCGACAAUGAGACGCCGCUGCGCCGUGUUUUAGUCGACAGUGCUUGUGGUGGUUAAUGUUGGCGAACCGGUGGUCCAUGAUUCUCCUAACCUCCGCCGGAUUACCUCUGCAUUGUUCUUGUCAGCCUUUGGUACACUCUGUGUGGUUUCAUAUUAUUAUUUAUCUUACGUGUGUGGACUGUUUAGGCCACGGGUAGCGCUUGUACCUAAGCUCGCCUCUGGCCACACAUUUUCCCAACCAGAGGUGUUCUUUUACGCGGUGGGCCUGUCGACCGGAUCAAGGCAAACAUCCCGCUAUGCCAACGUAGCGUUGUUAGCAUAGCGACCGGCUAAGCUAACAUAACGGUUAGCGGCUUUAAAUUCGCUGUUCUUUUCUCUACGUUGAUGGUGAUGACCUGGAUGGUGCCAUGUGAAUGACUGAAGACCAUGAAGCCCACUCACAAGCUGAUGUUCGUCCUGUGCCCCAUGCUGGUCCUAGGCUUUAUUUACUACUCCUCUGGGAAGCUACAUCUACACGUAUGGGGCCAGAAGCCUCAGAGUGAUGCAGAAGAGACAACUGUAGUCCUGACUAAAGUUUCUGAAGGGAAGAGAAUCGCAGAGUUGGAAACGGACAUCACCGUGGGACGAAUAGUAGGCUCAGUGUAUGAUAAGCAGGGCUUUCUGCUGCAGCUGGACACAAAACUGCCACCAGAGUUGGCAUACAAGUAUGGCAACAUCAGCGAAGGAGUGUGCAAGCCAGGAUACGCAGCAGCCAAGAUGACUGCCAUCUAUCCUAAGUUCAUGAAACUAGCACCCAUGUUUCUUGAUCGGAACUUCAAACGUUUGGCAAAAGUCAGCAAUUACCUGCCUCCAUUUGGAUUCAAAACACAAGAGAGAAUCAUAGACAUCAUUUUAACUGCCAUGAAAAAUUAUGGACUUGGAUUGGAACUGGACAGUCUCGGCUGUAAAAGAUGCAUCAUUGUGGGCAAUGGGGGAAUCCUGUUCAACAAGUCUCUGGGCUCCCGUAUAGACGACUACGAUGUCGUUGUGAGGUUGAAUGAAGCUCCAGUAAGAGGUUAUGGCAAAGACGUGGGGACCAAAACCACCAUUAGGAUCACCUAUCCAGAGGGAGCUAUCCAGAAGCCUGACAACUAUGAAAAAGAUUCACUAUUCGUCUUUUCCGCUUUCAAACCACUGGAUUUCAAGUGGCUCAGACAGAUGGUCUUCAAGGAGAAACUGAGGGGUACGGAAGGCUUUUGGAAGUCGGUGGCUCGCUAUGUGCCUCGGGAGCCCACAGAGAUGAGAAUCCUCAAUCCGUACUUCAUCCAGGAGGCUGCCUUCCAGUUCAUAGGCCUGCCCUUCAACAAUGGCCUCAUGGGCAAAGGGAACAUUCCAACUUUGGGAACAGUUGCUAUAACGAUGGCACUGCAUAACUGUGAUGAGGUGGCGGUGGCUGGUUUCGGCUACGACAUGAACACGCCGCAUGCACCUCUGCACUACUACGAGACCGUCAAGAUGUCCGCCAUUAAAGAGUCAUGGACCCACAACAUAUCCAAGGAGAAGGAGUUCCUCCGCAAGCUGGUGAAGGCCAACAUCAUCACAGACCUGACCAACGGCAUCUGAGUUUACACCCACCCACAGUCUCCCUCUGCUUUUCCCAAAGGACUACGAAACAGGAAGCUGAGAAAUGUGUCAACUCUGGGAGAAAGAACCCUUAGAAUCCGGGUGGGCCUGCACACUGUCUGGGUUUUUCAUAUCAAAGGAGAUUAUUAAAUAAAUUUAAAAAAACAGAUACAGGAGGGUUUCUGUGGAGCGAUGCACACAUGUGCCUUCUGAACCAAAGACUAUUGCUGAUUGAAGCAGGGAGUGGAGAGGGUGGACACGGGGAGGACUGGAUCUGCCCGGUUCCCGUCUUAUCAAGGGGACAGUCGCAGGAAAGCUCUGCAGGCCCCUCGUUUCAACACUUCAACCCCUGGAGUAUCCCGUGAAUGAAUAGUAAAGAGUAGAAGUGACAUGUUGAUAUACAGAUGUCAGGAUUUAGCUUGACUCGCUGGCUAACUUGAUGAAGGCACAGAAGAAAAAGGUAUUAGCAGGAGUAUUAGCAGUGCCAAACGUACCUCGUACAUGGGAGAGGCCGUUCCCCCUUCGCUGCCUGAAUGUAUUCACUUUCUUCAGUGUAAAUAUCAAAGGUUUUUACUGUGCUUUCUAACAAGCUGCAGCAGCCCCCCCCCACCACCCAUCAUUUGUCCAUUCAUUCAUUCGCUCUUUAACAGCCUGUCCAGGGUCCAGAAUUAACACUUGCCAAGCCAGUUGACGGUAGAUAAAUCAGCGAGGGUCACCUGUCACACACACACACACACACACCGGUGUCACUUUGAGACACUUAACAGUUAGCGAUACACAGACUUCAGUUUUUGCAGUUUUCUCUGUAAAGUCUUUGUCUCUAAGGGAAUUAUAUUAGCGGAACUAUGAAGCAGGUUCUUUCUGCUUGUUAAGGCCGGCUCUACACAGAGCGGCUGUGUGUUAUCCCCAAUGUGUCGGCUCAUAUCAGGUGAGAGCUCACUGAAAAGAUUAUGCUUUCUAAGAUGCUCGACACGAAAUAGCAUCGAAAGCACAUAUCAGGAAAAUGUAUAUUCAUUUUGGUCGGUCUAAAUGACUUCAGUCAUGGGACUAUUUGUGUUUAGUUUACCCGCUCUGGCGGGGGAGACCAAAAGUUCAAUUGGGACACCGCAUUUCUCUCUUGCUCCUCUCUGCUCAUCCAUAUCACAGUACUGACUGCAUCCCUUCCUCAGCUGUGAAGCCUCCCGGCUGCUGCGUAGACGUACAGUAACGCAUCCUGAUGAAGGAUCCCCUCCAACCUCCUGUUGCUGCAGAUUUUCUUGUUUUUUUUUGUUUUUUUUGGUAAAUGGUGAAAUCUCGGAUUGUAGAAUAUAAAUAUAUAUAUUUUUGUUUUUAGGUCAAUUUUAAUUUAUUUUUUACUGUUACUAAGUCCCAACGUUUCGGUCACGGGCAGGCCUGCUUUCUGUUGCAAAAGUUUGUGUUUUUUUUGUGGGGGGGGGGUUUCUCGAUAUCAACACUGCGUGUUUCCACAGACUGCAUCAUCAUUUAAGUUUGUGGCAGAAGCAGUGUUCCUAACGCCAAAAAGAACCGAUUCGUCAAUGAAUUCAGUAAUAAACGUUAUUAGACGGCAGCCCUACAUUUCUGUGCUGUAUGCAGCUUAUGUUAAUAAUAGACACUUUCUUUAAAUUGAUAGAAUCCAUGAGGUGAGGUGGUAGUUGCUCAAUCUGAAAGGUAGUACCGUGCUCAUCAACCCUUUGCACUUUGCAGAGGAAGGUUCUGCCACAGGCGUUUCAGUAUUUACAUAGAAAGGGUUCAGUACGACACAAUCAAACCUUCUGCUUCUCUGUCUGCACCCCUUCCCUAAAAAACCGAUGUGGGAAUGUCAAAAUGUCACAUCUGUUUCCUGUCAUUUUAUUAAACGAAUGCGAUAAUCAUCUCUAUAUAGUGAUGGUGCAUUUAAAUACUGCUUUACCAAAGCAGGGUUUUGUUUUGCAGUUUUUGUCGGAUGACAUUUCAAUGAGGUCUUCACCCAUUUCCUGUUUCUACGUCUUCUUUGGAAGUGCAUAUUUACUGUAUAUUGAACACACAGGUUCACUUCCAGUGCUCUCAAUCAGUAAGCUGCUGCUGGUGCAUCUGUUUCAUUGCUCCACGCGUUCCUGUUCUAGAUUAUGUUUCACAAACACCGAUGGGAUCGUGCAGCAGUGUGUCCUACCCAGUCCCUUAAGAACGGCUUCACAAGGUUUGAAGAGCCGGAUCACUUCUUUUGGAAACUAGGCCCCGUUUGGGACUUUUGUUGAGAACAAAGGUACAAGGAAACAGCUGACCAUUGCACAUUGCGAGGCGCUCUCAGUGCCUUACACCUCAUCACCUGAAAACUGUAGCGAGGAGUUUAUCGUGAGAAAGUAACCGCAGCUGAUCCAGUAUGUAAGAUCAGCGCCGGGUCAGGGCACAUCUCAUUUCUCUGAUGUGGGACCAGUCCAUUUCAUAUCUGUGCUGUGUAUAUAUUAUAUACAGUCUAGGAAGACUUUGUGUGUUCUAGCCCAUAAACUACAUAUUCAAGCCUAUUUUAAAUGUUGCUGCUAACAGCAGUCAGCAAUUACUAAAUUCACUUUUUUUUUUUUUUCUUCUUCAUCCGUGGUUGCUUAUCGUUUUUCUGCAACAUUGCUCGUCAAUACUGCUUUUUGGCAGCGUACUAAGAAAUGGGCCCUCCACUGAUUUGACACAUGUAGUUCAGGAGUAGCACUGUGAAAACGGUUGUUUGUCGUCUGUGGCUCUUGAGUGAGCUUUCUAAAGGCUGAGAGAAUGUAGGAUCCAGGUUUCUUUUUUUGGGGCUUGACUCGCACUCGGGACAAAAAGUCAGGAUAUCUUCCUCUCUGCUGCUACGAUUUUGAUUUGAUUUCUUUUUUUAAAUCAGUCUCUUGUGAGAGCCCCAUGUUUAUGGAAGUGUAAUGCAAAAUCACUGGACCGCCUCUUUAAUGCUUGAAUGUUGGAGCAUCCUUGAAUGCAAGGAGAGUUUGAAACUGGUCCGUGCUGACUGCCGCGGGGCCAUAUCACUAUAAUAAAGAUAAAGGAGGCUGCAGUAGAUCAUCUAGUAUUAUAGUGUACUGAAAUCAUUUGAAACCAGUGACUGCUUGAAAAACAGGAAAUCAAUCUAAAAUCUUGUAUGUUUUGGAAAAUGGUAAUUAAUUUGGUCAAAUAUGUGUCGUCAGUGGGCUAAAACAUUCCAAAGCACCAGUAUGGUCUUUAGAGCUUUGAGACUAAGCAGACCCUCAGUUGGACUUUCUUUUUUUUUUCUCGUCUUCUUCUUCUAGGUUUUGAAUUUGUGCGCAUGCUGGAGGAGUUCAAAGGGAUUGGACUCAAAUCGCCUCUUCUUCAUAACCUGUUUGUGUUAAAGCAGAAUGUAUUCGCUUUUGUCAUUCAUCAUAUUUAUAAACAUUCUUUUUUUUAAAUUUUACAUUCCAUCAUCACGAGGAAGUCAUAGCGAUCAAAAGUGUUACUGUUUUGAUUUUUUUUUUUUUUUCUAUACAGUUAUAAAUGGCUUUCUGCAACUCAAUAAAUACGUUUGUAAUGAA